AGAACCCAAGAAUUAUCCUAAUGUAAAUUUUUGCAGCAGGAUGGAAGGGGAAUCUUAUCACAAUGCAACCACUGUCAACGGCACCCCAGUAAAUCACCAGCCUUUGGAGCCCCAUGGGUUGUGGGAAGUCAUCACCAUUGCAGCUGUGAGUUCUGUGGUCAGCCUGAUCACUGUUGUGGGUAAUGUCCUGGUCAUGAUCUCCUUCAAAGUCAACAGUCAGCUCAAGACGGUCAACAACUACUACCUGCUCAGCUUAGCCUGUGCGGACCUCAUCAUCGGAACCUUCUCCAUGAACCUCUACACCACCUACAUCCUCAUGGGACACUGGGUGCUUGGGAGUCUAGCAUGUGACCUUUGGCUGGCACUGGACUAUGUGGCCAGCAACGCCUCUGUCAUGAACCUGCUGGUGAUUAGUUUUGACCGAUACUUUUCCAUCACAAGACCCCUGACCUACCGGGCCAAGCGUACCCCAAAGAGGGCUGGCAUCAUGAUUGGCUUGGCCUGGCUGAUCUCCUUCAUCCUCUGGGCCCCAGCGAUCCUCUGCUGGCAGUACUUGGUCGGGAAGCGGACGGUACCAGCAGAUGAGUGCCAGAUCCAGUUCCUCUCUGAGCCCACCAUCACCUUUGGCACUGCCAUAGCUGCCUUCUAUGUCCCUGUUUCUGUCAUGACCAUCCUCUACUGCCGGAUCUACCGGGAAACAGAGAAGAGAGCCAAGGACUUGGCUGACCUCCAGGGCUCUAACUCUGUGGCUGAAGCAGAGAAGAGAAAGCCGGCUCCCAGGCCUCUGCUCAGUUCCUGUUUUAGCCGCCCUCGGCCCACCCUGGCUCAGAGGGAGAGGAACCAGGCCUCCUGGUCAUCUUCCCGCAGAAGCUCCUCCACCACAGGGAAGCCACCCCAAGCCACUGGCCCAGGCACCGACUGGGCCAAAGCUGAGCAGCUCACUACCUGCAGCAGCUAUGCCUCCUCGGAGGACGAGGACAAGCCCACCCCUGACCCAGUUGUCCCCGGGGUCUGUAAGAGUCAGGCCAAGGACAGCCCACAGGAGGAUUUCAGUGCAGAAGAGACCAAAGAAACGUUUGUGAACGCUCAAGCUGAAAACAAUGAUUUUAACACCCCAAAAUACUUCCUAUCUCCAGCUGCUGCUCACAGACUCAAGAGUCAGAAAAGCAUUGACUGCAAGUUCCGAUUGGUGGUAAAAGCUGACGGGACCCAGGAGACCAACAAUGGCUGCCGUAAGGUGAAAAUCAUACCCUGCUCCUUCCCGAUGUCCAAGGACCCUUCAACAAAAGGCCUGAAUCCCAGCCUCAGCCAUCAAAUGACCAAACGGAAGAGAAUGGUCCUAGUGAAAGAGAGGAAAGCCGCCCGGACCUUGAGUGCCAUUCUGCUGGCUUUCAUCAUCACGUGGACUCCUUACAACAUCAUGGUCCUGGUGUCCACCUUCUGUGACAAGUGCGUCCCCGUCCCACUAUGGCACUUGGGCUAUUGGUUAUGCUAUGUCAACAGCACCGUCAACCCCAUCUGCUAUGCACUCUGCAACAGAACCUUUAGGAAGACAUUCAAGAUGCUUCUGCUCUGCCAGUGGAAAAAGAAAAAAGGAGAAGAGAAGUUGUACUGGCAGGGGAACAGCAGGCUGCCCUGAAGAGUCAACGGAAGAGUAACGGUCACAGACUGGUCUGCUUAGUUUUAAGAAUGUCUUGCAUCAUUUCGAAUAUUUGAAGACUUG